AUGGCUUCCCAAGAACACGACGAUGAAAUCCACGAGCAGACGCCGGGCUACAAGCUGUCGCAGCCCAAGCAGAGCAUCGCCGAAUACCAGCAGAUGGCCAGUGACCACUUGGUCCUGCAUCUCAUUGGAUCAGAUUUGCUGACUUUGGAGGGCAAUGGCGGGGACGGCCUAGGCCGAGCUGAGGCAGCCCUGCCCAGCUCGGACCCCAGCCCCAACCCUGGCCACCGCCUGGGCACCAAUACAGAUGCUGGCGAUGAAUCUCUCCAGCGGUACAAGCUUUCGCUCGGUCUCGGCGGCGGCACAGACCUCAGCGACCCCAAUGAUCCCCGCGUCGCCAUCAUCAAGAGCCUGACGAUGGAGUCUCCCGGCCGCGACCCAGUCACGAUCGACCUCAGCGUCCCCGGCACCGAGACCACGCUGAAGGACCACCCGUUCACGAUCAAGGAGGGUGCUCUCUUCACCAUGGUGGCUACAUUCAAGGUGCAGCACGAGGUGCUGAGUGGCCUGCGCUAUGUCCAGAUCGUCAAGCGGAAGGGCAUCAAAGUCAGCAAGGACAGCGAGAUGAUUGGAAGCUAUGCUCCCAACACUGACAAGCAGCCCCUCUACACAAAGAGAUUCCAAGAGGACGAGGCACCCACCGGUAUGCUCGCCCGCGGCCACUACAGCGCCUUUUCCAGCUUCGUGGACGACGACAAGAAGUCACAUCUGGAGUUUGAGUGGAGCUUCGACAUCACCAAGGAUUGGUAA